UCUAGCUAGCUAGGUUCAAUGUAUUGAUGAUGAUGAUGAUGAUGAUGAUGAUUACAGGGUGGUUUGUUUGGGUCUAGUCCCAGGAUUCUUAUUAUCCUUUCGCAUCUACGCGUCCCUGCUGCGCGCCGAAUGGCGGAAUCCUACGAGCCGACUCUGUUCCGGGACGACGUUAUAUCCUACACGCGCCUCCUGGCCGCCUACGGCGCCAUGAUCAAGUUCUUCUUGAUCGGUGUCAAGAUCGAUCCCACACUGGCUUGGCGGUCCGGGAAGCGGACCGCCAUCCUCGGAUUCGGCAGCAUGGUCAUACCUUUCCUCUUCCUCCUCGCGCUCCAGUUACCUUUCAUGAGGCUGGUGAAAAUCGACGACGAGGGAAACAGAGUGAUCCCCAGCAUCGGCGACCCGGAUGUCUUCCUUCAUUUGGCGGCCACGGUCGCCGCCACCCCGCCUUCGGUGGUCGCUGACGUCCUCGCCGACCUGAGGCUGCUCAACACCGAGCUGGGGCGCUUCGCCGUCGCGACGUCGAUGGUGAACGAGAUAACUCGGUGGAGCAUCUUCGUGGUCUACAGGGUGAUCGAUACGGCGCACCAGCGUCACAGCUACGUGAAGGCGAUACAGGAGGUGGUCGGCAUGGGGGCCUUCCUGAUCGCGCUGCUUUCGCUGGUGUGGCCGUGGGCGCGGUGGAUCGUGCGGCGGACGCCCAAGGGGGGCCGCGUGGCGGAAUGGCACAUUCUGGUGAUGAUGCUGGCGGUGCUGACCAUCGGCGCGCUGAGCGACGCGCUGGGGCUGGGAUUCCUCGACGCCCCCUUGGUCAUGGGGCUCCUGGUCCCCGACGGGCCGCCGCUGGGGAUGGCGCUGGUGGAGCAGCUGGAGCUCUUCUCCACGGAGCUCCUGCUCCCGCUUUUUUUCCUCACCGUCGGCUACAUCACCGCCUUCGACCGCAUUAAUAAUCCCAUCAUGAUGUUGUGGAUGCUGCUGUACAUUUUAUCCGGACACGUCGUGAAGGCCCUCGUCGCCGUCUUCGCCGGCGUCUACUACAGGGCUUCCAUACAAAAGGCCGCUCUUCUCGGCCUCAUGCUCAACUUCAAAGGCCUGGUGGAGCUCAUGGUCUACAUCGGAGUCAAGGGCGACCGAGUAAGCUAUUUAAUUAGAUCCCACGCACAUAACUUGACGUCGUCCGGAUCGCCGCAAGGUUUCGUGACGGCACUGAUCUCCAUCGUCCUGGUCACCGGCGUCUGCUCGUGGCUGGUGACCACCUUCUACGACCCGCUGGACACGCGGCACAAUGUGGGUUACCGGGCGCUGCAGCACCUGAAUGCGCAGGAGAAGUUUAGUGCGGUGGCGACGAUGCUGAACGAGGACCCAGUGCCGGCGAUGCUCGACCUGUUCGAGGCGUCGUGCGCGACGCCGGCGGGGCAGAGCUCAUCGUGCAUCCACGUGCUGCACCUGGUGGAGUUGAGCGGCCGGGCCAACUCCACCCUCGUCCCCCACAAGAACCGCAAGGGGGAGCUGGUGAAUCCCGCCCAGAUGGACCGCCUCCACAACGCCUUCCUCAACUACGAGAAGAGGAAGAAGGAGGGCGUCGCCAUCCUCCCCUUCACUGCCAUCAGUCCCUACACCACCAUGCACCAGGACAUCUGCUCGCUCGCCAUGGACAAGUGCGUCCCCUUCGUCAUCGUCCCCUUUCCCAGGUUCGAUUCCGGCGCCAGCAGAGAGAUCGAAAAGGUCGCUCGAAACAUCGUCCCCCAGGUCCUUUCGCAAGCUCCGUGCUCAGUGGGGAUCCUAGUCCACCACGCGCUCACCAGCUCGAGGCCGCUCGUGCCGGAGAAAUUCCGGUACUCCGUCAAGGUGCUCUUCUGGGGCGGUAACGACGACAGGGAAGCACUGUCGUACGCGGCGCGGAUGGCACGCCACCCCGGCGUGCGCAUGUCGGUCGCGCGGUUCCAGCAGCAGGCGAAGAUAGCGGAGGACGAACUGUCAUGGGACGACGUCAUCUUUAAGGAGUUCGUCAGGGGGGUAGCCGGGAACGAGCGGGUGACGGUGGAGGAGUUGGCGGCGAGGGACAUCAACGAGACGAUGGCGGGGAUCAAGUCGAUCGAGAGCGAGUGCGACCUGGUGAUGGUGGGGCGGGAGCAGUGCGCCGGGUCGAUGCUGGGGGAAGCGCUGGGCAAGUGGGUGGAGUUGCCGGAGCUGGGGGUGGUGGGGGACAUGCUCGCCUCCAACGAUUUCGCCAAGUUCUCUUUCUCCGUUCUCGUGGUUCAGCAGCAUAGCUAG